CUCCUUCAUCGUCUUCUUCAUCUCCAUCUUCUUCUUGAGGCAAUUAUGUCAAGCACCCCCGGAGAAUCAUGUCAAAGACUGCAUGGAGUGUGCCCCACAUGGAUAGUCACAUUCAAAGAAGCUUUCCAGAUCCGGACUCUCCAAAUCUACAGUACCUGGGAAGAAAAAUAGCACCAGUCUUGCCAAGGUUUUUGCAACGAUGCGACGAUUGCGGUAGUUGGUGUGAGAUCCAGGAGUGAGAGAGCUCUAGUUUUUGAGUGACAUCCCCACAUCGGUAAUUCGUCGCUGAGCUUUGGGGUCUGUAGAUGCAACUGUAGAUGGGUUGCACUCUCCGGCAGUAGAUAUGUUUAGAGCUGGGAGUGAUUUCGGAGCUGGCCCAGAUGAUACACCUUGCGGCGCAGAUGUUGGAGGACCUGUUGACCACUGUAGCUGGCUGGGCAUGCAGGCUCCGGGGGGCACAUAGUUACCACCUGCAUCAUGACGCCAUAUAUGAUUGCAGCGUCAUUGCGUGCUGCUCAAGGCAGCGUGAGAGUUGGUGGGUGGCAGAUUCCUAGCUUCUUGACCUUCGUGCCGAGCCGCAUCGCCGUUUCCCUUCUUAUACAUGAUGUGCAACGGAGCCUGAUUAGAGUUCUUCCCUUGCCGACACCUUUUGGAAGUGAAGGCUUUUGGAAGUGUGGCGUAGCGACGCGAAGAACUUGGAUUGUGGGUGAAGUGGAACGGGUACGUUGUCAAGAUGGUUGAGGGGUUUCCAGACAAUCUGGGAGGAUGGAGCGUGGUUACAAUUUUCAAGGAGGGAUGGAGGCUUCUGUCAAGCUAUUUCCGUUUGCUGCAUCCGUUUAUCAUGGCCUUUCUCCUUCCGGUGGUGCUGCUUGAGCUUGUGCAGAUGCUUGGCUUCGCUUGGAUGAUCAGUCAUGGGUCCCAUCCGCAUCCGCAUCCGCAUCCUCAUCACCACUACCACCACAAUUCUCUUCAGCCGGGUCAUUUCCUUCAUCACCAUUUCCACCCUGAUCAAUUUUAUCACCACCAUUUCCACCAUCACUAUUCUGGGUUUCAGGGCUUCCAUAGUUCCUCGGAGGGAAGUGUUGGAUCAGAGGUCUACGCACCCACACCUGCACCCACACCUUGCCCCCAUCCUCAUCCCCCUCACCCUCAUCCCCCCGUAAUGAUGGGGCUUGCUGUAGCCAUCGUGAUGUGGCUGCUUAUAAGCCUUGCCAUGGCAGCCAUAUCCAAGAUAGUGGAAUAUAUCUACGCAAACGGCGAGGAGGACCCUUCCAUAAUCAAGUCCACUUUCAAGUCCCUUCCUGAGGCUCUCUUCCGACAAUUCGUCACUUUCCUUUGGCUUCUCUUGAUUACUGCAGUCACUGUUUUCGUGAUUUCAGUCCCGUUUCACCUGAUAUUGCGCUUCUUCAAGCAUUCCCUUAACGUCCACAUUGUUAUAAUCCUGAAGAAGGUGUUAGUUGGCAUCGUCCUAUUGGUUUUGGGAAUUGUUUUCCUUUUCGCUCAACUAAUUGCAGUCUUAGAGCCUGCUAAUUAUGGUCUAGCAGCUCUGAAGAAAAGUCCAAAUCUCUUCAAGACGAAGUUAGCACCUGCGCUAAUUUACGUACUGGCGGACCUCGUCGUUGCGGCUGCAUUCUCUAUUCUUGUCCAGUUCGCUGUAUUCUUUCCAGCAACUGGCAAGUUGCCAUUUUGGAUAGUGUGCAUUUUGGCUAUCCUCGUUGCUCUUCUAUAUUUGGCGUACAAGGUCUACUUUUUGCUUGUGGUCAUCGUAUUGUACUUCUCGAGUAAGUUGAAAUACGAUGCUGAAGAACAGUAUCUACCUGUUCACAGUGAAGAGGAUAACCCGUACACGCCCCUCGUAGUGCCAUCGGAAAAUUAAGAGACCUAUCCUGCAACAGCAAUGACGCCUGCUUCAUCCUCAAGCUGCAUAAUCAAAACUAGUCAAUUUCUGUCAGCUAGUGUGUUUUAAGUGUGGAAAGUGUGCAUUCAUGUAAAGCAUUGAACCCAUAUGUAACUAGCGUCCAGGAAAUCAGUUAAAAGGGACAUGGAAUAUGAAAAGACUCUGAAAAUAAAAAAAUUGUUCGUUUUCUUUUUCUUCUA